AUGGAUGGUUUGAAUGCAGCAGAAUUCAUGAAGACACCACAUUUUAAAGAAAGCUGCAUCCCCACACUGAGGAGAUCUGCACCCAGUUUUGGGGAGACACAGUGCUGCACCCCGGCCCUUCUGCUGAGGACGGUGACGUGGUGUGAGGGUGCUUUUCUGUACCUCAGUGACAUCCACGCUUCCACUGUGACAGAUCCACUCCAGGCAGCACGAGCACAGCAGCGGAACUCACCUGAGCUCAGAGGGUCCCGGGUCAUGGGGAACCUGGAUGGGGGCAGUGCCUCGCACCCCUCCUUCUUCGUCCUGGAUGAGGGGGACACUAAACCCCCCCGGAACCUGCCCUCCGGCUCCCCAGAGCGCCCCAUGCAGGGCGUCUACCUGUCCUGCUUAGACACGCUGAUCAGCGAAGACGUGGCCUGGCUGCUGAAGCCGGCAGCGGCCCCCCACGGCCCCCCGGCGGGGCCCGAGCAGUGCCCCAUCAUCGACAGCCAGGUGCUGUCUCCCCCCCAGGCGCUGUCCCUGCCCCACGCCCACACCCUGAGCCCUGGCCUGGAGGAGCAGGUGGAGGAGGGCUCUCUGGAGCAGGUGCAGAGCCUGGUGGUGGGGGAGGUGAUGAAGGACAUCGAGACGGCCUGCAAGCUGCUCAACAUCACAGCAGAUCCCGUGGAGUGGAGCGCGGGGAACGUUCAGAAGUGGAUGUUGUGGACGGAGCACCUGUAUCGGCUGCCCCAGGUGGGGGGGGCCUUUCGCGAGCUCAGCGGGAGGGAUCUGUGCGGCAUGACCGAGGAGGACUUCCGCCAGCGCAGUGCCCAGAGCGGGGACGUCCUGCACGCGCACCUGGACAUCUGGAAGUCAGCUGCCUGGAUGAAAGCACGGUGUACGUCGGAAGUCAGCAAAAUUACUGAACGGGAGGAGCUGUGGGCGGAGGCAGACUCCUCCUGCUCAGGGCAGCCCAUCCACCUGUGGCAGUUUCUCCGUGAGCUGCUGCUGAAGCCCCAGUCCUACGGCCGCUGCAUCCGCUGGCUCCACAAGGAGAAAGGAAUCUUUAAGAUCGAGGACUCGGCUCACGUCGCCCGGCUCUGGGGCCUGAGGAAGAACCGGCCGGCCAUGAACUACGACAAGCUGAGCCGCUCCAUCCGCCAGUACUACAAGAAGGGCAUCAUCCGCAAGCCCUUGGUGUCCCAGAGACUGGUGUACCAGUUCGUACACCCCGUAUGA